CGGACUGGCGUUUAGUUAUGGUGUCGUUAUGUCUCAGAAACCGGCUUUUUUUAAGUUGGCCCAGUCUAUGCUGGAGACACAUGUCCAGAGUUCCGGCUGCCAGACAAGAGCUCUUGGAUCUGGGCUUCUCGGAAACACAAGCUGAAAGGAUUCUGUCUAUGAAAUGCAAUGCACACAGCACUUCCACCAUCAAGGAGCUGUGUGUGGUAGGACUGAACCACAAAACCAUAUUGAGAAUUCUGGAAGAGAAGCCAGAGCUUCUGAGGACCACAGGCAAGGAAGUAAAGGGCAAGGCUGACACUCUGAGGAGCCUGGGACUUGGAGAAGGUUCUCUUCAGAACUCGCUGUCCAUGUGCCCCACUUUACUCUCCAUGCCUCGCUCCCGCCUAGUAGCCUCAGCACAAUGUCUUAAGACUCGAUGUCAGUUCUCAUCUCAACAGGUCCUGAAAAUCCUUACCACCACUCCAGAAGCCCUAACCAAAGACCCCAACCACCUCGAGGAGCUGUUCCAGUAUGCAUAUUUUCGGAUGGGUGGAACACAUGGAGACAUCCCUUCUUCUGGAAUUUUCCAAAGAUCACUAUUUGAGAUUAAAGUUCGGCAUCAGUUUCUGGAGCGUCUGGGUCGGUUCCUACCGCCUAACAAAAAUGGCCAGUGUCCUCCCUCCAACCCAAAACUAAAGGAGGUUGUACUGUUAUCUGAGGAGGACUUCUUGGCACGAGUUGCUUGCUCUUCAACUGAAGAGUUCCACAUUUUCCAGAAGAUUCUAGAGCGUGAGGAAAGGGAAAGUGCAGAGGGAAUGGAAGAGGACCAAGAUAAUCUAAGUACUGAUGAAGAAGAUGAAGAUGACUCGGAUGAUGAGAAUUAUACAGAUAGUAUUCAGGGUCAUCAAUCAAAGCACAAAAAAUAUAAGAAUAAAUAG